GCUGAUUGAAUCCAGCUGUUGGGGGGAGACGCAGCUCGGAGGGGGCCAGAAAAUUUGCAUAGCUAAAUAAUCCGACUAGUCCGACGGGAUCCGAGCGGAGACGCGGCAGUCCUGACUCCUGAGUCCCGGUUCCAACUGCGGUUCCUGGAAACCCGGAGCGCCUUUUCCGCGUAAAAGCGCACCGAGUUCGGCCCCGCUGGGACUCAGACUUCACGGCUCUUCCGAGCCCCUUUUCCUCUUGAAUCCCCUCCACAGACCAGCAGAGAAUCAGAGAUGCUGUUAGAAACGCUCGGCCUCCGGGUUUGUUCCUCCUCAAGGAUGUUGGCUGCUCUAUUUAUGCUGGUUUGUGUCCGGUCUGGCAACGCGCAGAUCUGCACCCAGGGGUUCGAGUUUGACGGCAGCCUGCAGGAGUGCCGGGAUGUGGACGAGUGUGUCGUGAUGCCGCAGCCGUGCCGCGGCGACAUGGACUGCGUGAACCAGGACGGCGGCUACAGCUGCGUGCCCAGUGGCUUCUACGAGCGCGGCUACCGACCGAGGGCCCCGGUCCUGCCCCAGCCCCGGUUCCCGGACCCCCCCGAGCGGGUCCCCGACACCUUCCUGCCGGCCCAGAGGCCCGUGGGGCCCAGCUACCCGCGGGUCAGGAACCCGGCGCUGUGCACCCUGGGAUACGCUCCGGCGGACGAUGGCACCUGCAACGACAUCGACGAGUGCGAGACCAACUCCCACCACUGCAACCCCACGCAGGUGUGCAUCAACACGGCGGGCGGCUACACAUGCUCCUGCACCGAGGGCUUCUGGCUGAUCGGGGGGCAGUGCCAGGACAUCGACGAGUGCCGCUACGGCUACUGCCAGCAGCUUUGCGCCAACGUGGCCGGCUCGUACUCGUGCUCCUGCAACCCGGGCUUCCUGCUGAACCCGGACAGCCGCACCUGCCUAGAUGUGGACGAGUGCGAGGACGAGCCCUGCGAACACGGCUGCUUCAACACCUACGGCUCGUUCAUGUGCAACUGCGACGAGGGCUACGAGCUGGUGUCCGACGGCACGAGCUGCAUGGACCUGGAUGAGUGCAGCUUCUCUGAGUUUCUGUGCCAGUACAGAUGUGUGAACGGGCCCGGCUCCUUCACCUGCAUCUGCCCGCCGGGCUACUACCUGUACGAGGACGGCCGGAGCUGCGAAGAUAUCAAUGAAUGUGACACUGGUAACAACACCUGUACAACAGAACAAGUGUGUUUCAAUUUCCAGGGAGGGUUUAUAUGCCUGGACCCGUUACAGUGUCAACCUCCCUACAUCGCUUUUACCGACAAUCAGUGCAUGUGCUCGGCUGAGAACCCUGCCUGCAGGGAGCGGCCCUUCACCGUCCUGUACCGCCACAUGGACCUGUCGUCGGGCCGCAGCGUGCCUGCAGACGUCUUCCAGAUGCAGGCCACCACGCGCUACCCCGGCGCCUUCUACAUCUUCCAGAUCAAGUCCGGCAACGACGGCCGAGAGUUCUACCUGAGGCAAACCAGCAACGUGAGCGCCACGCUGGUUCUGGUGCGGCCGCUCACGGGCCCCAGGGAGAUGGUGCUGGACCUGGAGAUGGUCACGGUCAACAACGUCAUCAACUUCCGCGGCAGCUCCAUCAUCCGGCUGACGAUAUUCGUGUCGGAGCACCCGUUCUGAGAAACCUCCAGCAGGAUGCAGCUGAUGUCAUGGUUUCACUUCUUUUAUCUCCUUCUUCUCUAUCGUUAUGUCACCUUCAGUAAAAGCCAUCCCACAAGGACUCGGCCGGCAGCAGCUGACGGGAAGCUCGCCGCGCUCUCAUCCCCACCCUGGUUUACUGGACUCAGAGCUUUUAUGGCUGUGAUGUGGACACAGACGGAUAUUUAUGGUGUACAAUUUCUGACAUCCUCUCAUCAGAUGUGAGGAUGGGAAUGAUGCUGGCGGAGUUUCGCUGUUGUCUGUGAGUGUUCACCCCCCCUUCGCACCUGAGCCGCGACGGCGCCCCUCAAUGCCGUUUCAUCACCCUGGACGGAGGAGGAGGAGCCGUUUAUCCGAAUAGAACUACAAGUUUGCAUCUGCAGGGGAAAUAUUUUGAAGUUAUGUACCAACAAGUCGUAACCUGAAUUAUGGAUCACAGUUUCUUUUUUAGACCAAUAAAUGACUUCACCACACAAGCGGCCGUCCCCCGG